GCCGCUGCUGCUUGGCGGCCUCCGGAACCAUGUCGAGGCCCACCGUCGAGGAGGCGGUGGAGGUGCUGAUGAUGAACGAGCCCAAGGCGUUCCGGAUCGUCACCGAGGUGCUAUUCAAGAUUGUUCGCAACAUCGAGCUCCACCCACACGAGCCAAAGUACAGCCAAAUUUCGACGGGGUCGGCGGCCUACACUGGGAAAAUCGCGUGCGCCAAGGGCGGCCUCCGAUUCCUCCGCGCGGUAGGCUUCGAGAAGAGGGAAGCGGCCGCCGGCGGCGCCGGCUGCUCGAGCGACGCUGGUGACGCACCCACCCUCGUGCUGGCGGCUCCAGACGCGGAGGUGCUCGAGGCGGGCAAGCAGGCGCUCAAGGCGGCGGUGAAGGAGUUUGGGGCCAAGGUGGAGGCAGCGCGGGUCGCCGAGAACAAGGCCGCCGCGUUCAAGCUCGCCGAGCUCAAGCGCGUGUCGGCGCAAAACAACUCGAAGCGCGACGCAACGGCCGAGGCGGAGCGGCGGCAGAUCAUGGAGGGUAUGGCGGCCGACAAAGCGGAGCUCGAGCGGCAGCGCGACCCGUCGAAUUUCUGCUGAGUGUGGCGAUCGCGCAGGGCGGCGAUCAGCACCGCGCACGCGAAUUGUUUCUUGGCGCAGAGCGGACAGCGCGCUCAGCUUGCGCACGUGGCUGCGCGAGUUGGGGGCGAGGGAGGGAGAAGCCGGUCAACGUGGCCGUGGCCAAGAAAAUCAAAAUAUUACGCCUCUAU